AAAAAAGAAAGAAAAGAAAGAGGAAAAUAUAAACAACCCACAUAGUUUGGCAUCUAAAGUCAUUUCUAUUUAUGGUCUUGGAUCUCCUUCCAUUGAGAUGAAGGCAAAGCUCGGAACAAGUUGAAACCUUUUCUCUUUAUUAUUAUUUCAUUUUAAUCCAAUUUCGAUGAGUCAAUUAAUCCGUUAAUUCUAUCCAUUGAUCUAUUAAUUGUUCUUUUAUUGUCAAUUGUUUUGGUUUCUUUUCCAGUUUCCAAUCUAAUUAAAAGUGUCUUUGUGUCUUUCUUUCAAAUUGUAAACACUACAUUGACUCUUACACCAUCAUGGCUGCUGCUUCACCAUCAACACCACCGACAAUUAAAUCUGAUUCACUUCUUGAUUAUCUUGGGACAAUUGGAAGACGUAAGAAAAUUAAAGAUGAACUUGAAGUUGAAGAGCUUGAAAAAGAGGGUAAAGAUGCCAUUGAUGGACCAGCGAUUAUGCCUUCUAUUGAAAAUGGACCAGAAGAGUUUAUUUUGGGUGAAUAUGAGGAAAGGACCAUGUUGGAACCAUCGUCUAAUCGUAAUCAUGGAUAUCAAGAGCUAUUGAAAAUAUUGGUCAAUUGGAUUAACGAUGAACUUGUUGAUGAAAGAAUCAUUGUCAAAUCCUUGACCAAUGAUCUUUACGAUGGUCAAAUUUUAGGAAAAUUGGUUGAAAAGCUAAGUGGACAAAAAUUGGAUGUGAUUGAAGUUACUCAGAAUGAGGAUUUACAGAAAUACAAAUUACGAGUUGUAUUGGAAACUGCUAAUCGUCAUUUAGGCCUACAAUCCAAGUACUCUACGAUUAAAUGGACAAUCGAUGGUAUUCAUAAUAAGAAUCCCGUUGAAAUUAUUCACCUUUUGGUUGCCUUACUCAGACAUUAUCGAGCACCGAUCCGUCUUCCCGAAAAUGUUACCGUCCGAAUUGUUGUUGUCCAGAAGCGAGAUGGACAGUUACACACUCGAACCAUAACUGAACAAUUAACUGGAUCAUUUGAUGAACUUGGAAUGAGAGUUGAACCUCGCGAUGCUUUUGACACUCUAUUUGAUCAUGCACUCGAUAAAUUACAAAUCGUUAAGCGAUCAUUGGUUAACUUUGUUAAUCGUCAUUUGAAUACAAUUAACAUUGAAUGUUUCUCUGGUUCGUCCGGACAAGAUUUAGAUGCUAAUCAAUUUAGUGACGGUCUAUUACUUAUCUUCCUAAUGGGUACACUUGAAGGUUACUUUGUACCUUUGGGAAAUAUUUACACGACCUCCGAUGCCGACCCUGUUGCCGAUACACUGACCGGAAAGGAAACUGCUUUGUUACCUCACAAUUACAUUAAUUGUUCACCAAUCAAUAAGCUUCACAACGUUAAUGUCGCUUUUCAAUUGAUGGAAGAUGCUGGUAUCUAUGUAAAACACAAGGUUCGAGCUGAGGACAUUGUCAAUGCCGAUCUUAAAUCCGUUCUUCGAGUUCUUUACACCAUUUUCGACAAAUACAAACACGCCUAAUAUUAAAUUGCCAUGAGAUGAUUAAAUCACUGGACCCUCUAUAUUAACCAAUAACUUACAAUUUAUUUUGUGUUCAUUAAUAAACCAAUAAUUAAGUUUCUCUCAUUCUAACAAUCGUAACAUCAUCAAUAAUAAUAAACCAAUAGUAAAAUUUAACUUUUAA